UUUUAUAUAAAAAUUGUAUAAACUUGUAAGUUUUAAGUGGUGAUUUGGAGAGGACUGAGAAGCUUCAGAAAUUAUCAGAAUUUUUUAAACCUAUGUGCUUUCCUGAUCAAUCCUCAUAUUCCAUUAAUAGAUGAACUCAAAUUCUCAAAUAGAAGAGAUUAAAGACAUCUCAAAUCACAAAAAGCAUUCAAACAGGCUUAACAAGGAUGAAAUGAUUCCUCUAAAUGAAAUGGUUAAGAAAUCUCGAGAGGAAAUCGAGCAGGAUGAAGAAUCUGACCAAACAGAAGAAGUUGACCAAGACACUGUAGUUGUUGAACCCCUAGACCACCUUGACGAUGAUCUUCCUGCUAUUGAUCCAAUUGUGAUCGAUGCUAAGCCUAGAGAAGAAUCCAAGUACGAGGAGGACAAAGAAUCUGGUUCAAACCCAAGAAGGUCUCGGAAAAGAAAGAAGCUGAAUGACUUUAUUAAUGGGGAAGAGUUCGACUCCUCAGAAGAAGAGGUAGAAUUGAGAGGCAAUAGAAAACUCAACAGACAAUUUCAAGGAGUUAUGCUCGCUGAAAAGUAUAAAGAUGAAUCCCAAAUAGAUGGUUGGAUCAUGAGCGAGAAACUUGACGGAGUCAGAUGCAUUUGGAAUGGGAAAACCAUGAAAACUAGGAACAAUAAUGCCUUCUAUCCUCCAGAUUGGUUCAAGAAAGACUUUCCUGAUGAAAUCUUAGAUGGCGAACUCUGGAUGGAAAGAGGGAAAUUCCAAGAGACUGUUAGUAUAGUCAGAAAGUCUUAUGCCCAUGAUGGCUGGAAGGAUAUCAAAUUUGUGGUCUUCGAUGGACCAGAACUAGGUGGAUCCUUCAAGACUCGGUUAAGAAAAUUGGCAAAAAUCUUCAAAGGAAAUAAAUCAGAAUAUAUCGAAUUUCAUAAACAGGAAGUUUGUGAAGAUAAAGAGCAUUUAGAUGCUGAAAUGAAGAGAGUAGUUGAUCUAGGAGGAGAAGGAAUGAUGAUUAGAGAUCCAAAUUCUUUCUAUGAAUAUAGAAGAUCAGACAAAAUUCUAAAAGUAAAACAAUCCUAUGAUGCUGAAGCAGUUGUCCUCAAGAAAAUAAAGGGUACAGGAAGAUGCUAUAACAUGAUGGGAGCUCUGUUUGUCAGAAACAACGAAGGCAUUGAAUUCAAAAUCGGCAGCGGUUUCACAGAUCAAGACAGAAGGAACCCUCCAAAAAUAGGCAGUAUCGUCACCUACAAAUACUACGAGAAGACCAAAAGCGGGAAGCCUAGGUUUCCUAUCUAUCUAAGACCACAUCCUGGCAUGUAA